AAGGCUGCUGUUAUCAGUCGGUGCAUGUUGGUGUGAAAGAGCACUCUGCUCGACGAGAGGCUGGACUCCACAUGCUCAGCCGGUGCGCACGCUCCACAUCUCUAACUCUGGCUUCUUUUGUCUCUCUUUUCUCCCUCUGUUUGUUUUUGUCCUGCACUCUGACCAGCCCCGGGGUCGUUCUUCACAGCAGAGUUCAGGAUUGCCCUACAAUGUCUGCGGUCGCUUCUCUGCAGUAAGCACUCAAAGGUUAUGCUGCCCAAAAGCUGUCUGAGUCCUAGUGAGAAAGAGAAGGGCUAAAGCCGCACUGAUCCGCACCCGCUUUCCAGAUCCUCUCCAGCAGCGACUCCACUGCUGAGCCAUGAGCAACCCCAGCGCUCCCAACCGGAUUACAGAUGCUGUGGCAGCUGUUAUUCACAGUCCAGAGGCGUCGACCUCGGCACUGCACGGGACUCCACGCCCAGAGGAGGAGGACGAUGGCGACCUGAACAAGGCUUUGGGCGUCCAGCGCUUCCAGCAGAUCCUCAGCCCCGCUGCUGCCGUACCCGAUGAGCAGCACCACAACUACCAUGAGGAGGACAUUGAAUACCACCGUCACUCCUCUCACCACAUCCACCGGCCUCUGUCCAAACUGCCCUCAGACGGACGCAGGAAGAAGGGCGGCAAGAAAAGGAAGAAGGACAAAGAUCACAAAAGCAUCCUCGCUCCCAGCGGUGGCCCCAUAGAGGAAGGGGAGGAGGACGAGGAGGAGGAAGAGGAAGGGACGGAGGUGACUUCUGCUCCUUCUGAGUCAGAGAAAGUCAAAGAUGUGGAGUUCUUUCUCUCGGAGGACGAACAUGUGGCCAAACACGACACAGAGAGCUCUCACUCUGCCAGAGAGCUUGAGAUUGUUCCGCAGUCUGGUGUCGGGUCAGAUACUGAUGUAUCAUCCACCGAUAAGCUGGGCUUAUCCGACUCUUCCAGCCCCUCUCCACAGCCGGGGCCACCCGAACACCCACCGCUGACCCGGUUGACGUCCGCCAGCCGCGGCUACGAUCUGCAAGAACGCCGGCGAACGGGCAACAUGACGGGGGCUGAGCAGGCCAAAUACGAGCGUAUCCCCACUGAUGAGUGCGAGGCUCAGACUCUGGCCUCCGCUGAUCUGGACGGCAUCAAGAGUCAUCGUUUUGAAGAUGUUCCCGGCAUGCGCAGACACCUGGUCAGAAAGAGCACCAAGGGACAAAUGGUGCACAUCGGUAAAGACCACAAGGAGCCGACCACUCGCAGCCGCAAGCAGGACCGAACACCACAUGAGGUGUUUGUGGAGCUGAAUGAGCUGAUCAUGGACAAGAACCAGGAGAUGCAGUGGAAGGAAACGGCCCGUUGGAUCAAGUUUGAGGAAGACGUGGAGGAGGAGACGGACCGCUGGGGGAAGCCUCACGUGGCUUCUCUGUCCUUCCGUAGUUUGCUGGAGCUCAGAAAGACCAUCUCGCAUGGUGCAGUGCUGCUCGACCUGGACCAGAAGACCCUCCCUGGCAUUGCCCACCAGGUGGUGGAGCAGAUGAUCAUCUCUGAUCAGAUCAAAGCUGAAGACCGAUCCAAUGUCCUGAGGGCACUGCUGCUUAAACACUGUCACCCGAGCGAUGAGAAAGAGCACCACAGCCCCUUCCCCAGGAACAUCUCCGCCGCCAGCCUCGGCAGCCUCAUAACACACCACCACAAUGCCAACCACAGCCACCAGCCGGAGCGAUCUGUCACUGAACCGCUCCUGAGCACCGGCCACCCCACUGGAGUCGCAGGAGACACGCGCAUAGACAUGGAGAAGAGCGAAGUACAGCAGAAGGAGUCGACCCCGGUGCCCGGUAUGCCGCGCUCCAAGUCCAAACAUGAGCUGAAGCUGCUGGAGAAGAUUCCUGAGAAUGCUGAGGCCACGGUCGUCCUUGUAGGAAGCGUGCACUUCCUGGAGCAGCCCACCAUGGCGUUUGUGCGCCUGCAGGAGGCGGUGGAGCUGGAGUCCGUCCUGGAGGUCCCCGUGCCUGUCAGGUUCCUCUUUGUUCUGCUGGGACCUUCCUCCACCAGCAUGGACUACCAUGAGAUUGGACGCUCCAUCUCCACACUCAUGUCUGACAAGCAAUUCCACGAGGCAGCCUAUCUGGCAGACGACAGGCACGACCUGCUGAACGCCAUCAACAGCUUCCUGGACUGCAGCAUCGUGCUGCCGCCGUCGGAGAUGGCGGAUGAUGAGCUGCUGCGCUCUGUCGCUCGCUUCCAGCGGGAGAUGCUGCGCAAGAGGGAGGAGCAGGAGGUCAAGCUGUUGGCCAAGGAGCCGAAAAGUUUUGAAGAAAAAGAGGCUCUACUCUUACCCUCAAAGAAAGACGACCCUCUAGAGCGCACGGGACGCCCCUUUGGUGGGCUGGUACGAGACGUGCGUCGACGUUAUCCAAAGUACUUAAGCGACUUCAAGGACGCACUCAACAGUCAGUGCAUGGCUGCCGUGAUCUUUAUCUACUUUGCUGCUCUCUCUCCAGCCAUAACAUUUGGAGGCCUUCUGGGUGAGAAAACGGACGGUCUGAUCGGAGUCUCGGAGUUGAUCGUGUCGACAGCCGUGCAGGGUGUGAUCUUCUGUCUGCUCGGAGCUCAGCCGCUGCUGAUUGUGGGUUUUUCUGGACCCUUGCUAGUUUUUGAAGAAGCCUUUUACAGUUUCUGUAAAGCCAAUGAGAUGGAGUACCUAACUGGCCGGGUCUGGAUCGGGUUUUGGCUCAUCAUCAUCGUGUUUGUUACGGUGGCCUUCGAAGGCAGUUUCCUGGUCCGCUUCGUCUCCCGCUUCACCCAGGAAAUCUUCUCCUUCCUCAUCUCGCUUAUCUUCAUCUGCGAGACCUUCAUCAAGCUCAUCAAGAUUUUCAAGGAGCACCCACUGCAGCGCUGCUCCCUUGACAACAGCACAGAAGGGGGCACUGCGACAGAAAAUAUCACUGUCAUGAUGAGUAACAGCUCCCUGCCUGUGGCGGUGAAGGUCAGAGGAGAACCCAACACGGCUCUGCUCUCUCUGGUCCUCAUGGCCGGGACAUUUUUCAUCGCUUUCUACCUGCGCAAGUUCAAGAACAGCGCGUUCUUCCCCGGAAGGUUUCGCAGGAUUAUCGGAGAUUUUGGGGUGCCCAUCGCCAUCCUCCUCAUGGUCCUGGUGGAUUACAGCGUCGAUGACACAUACACACAAAAACUGAGCGUUCCCGAAGGUUUCUCUGUGACGAGUCCCGACAAACGUGGCUGGAUCAUUAAUCCUCUGGGUUCAGACGGCGAAUUCCCAAUCUGGAUGAUGUUUGCCUGCUGCCUGCCGGCUCUGCUGGUCUUCAUCCUCAUCUUCAUGGAGACUCAGAUCACCACCCUGAUCGUGAGUAAGAAGGAGCGGAUGCUGGUGAAAGGAUCCGGCUUCCAUCUGGACCUGAUGCUGAUCGUGGUGCUGGGCGGCACCUCGGCGCUGUUCGGCCUGCCGUGGAUGGCCGCCGCCACCGUCCGCUCGGUGACCCACGUCAACGCCCUCACUGUCAUGAGCAAGGCUGUCGCCCCCGGAGACAAGCCCCGCAUCCAGGAGGUGAAGGAGCAGAGGGUCACCGGGCUCCUGGUCUCCAUCAUGGUCGGCUUGUCCAUUGUAAUCGGUGACCUGCUGCGUCAGAUCCCGCUGGCUGUGUUGUUUGGUAUCUUCCUCUACAUGGGUGUGAUGUCUCUGAAUGGCAUCCAGCUGACGGAGCGGAUGAUGCUGCUGCUCAUGCCGCCCAAGUAUCACCCUGACCACACCUACGUGCGCAAGGUCCGUACGCUGCGCAUGCAUCUGUUCACCAGCAUCCAGGUCGUGUGUUUGGCCGCUCUGUGGGCCGUGAUGUCGACGCAGGCGUCUCUGGCUUUUCCCUUCGUCCUCAUACUCACCGUUCCUGUCAAGAUGUUCGUGCUUCGCCGCAUCUUCAACGGCCGAGAGAUGGCAUGUUUGGACGCGGACGACGCGGAGCCAAAGUUUGACGAGCGCGACUGUCACGACGAGUAUUCUGAGAUGCACAUGCCCGUGUAACGGUCGCAAGCGCUGACGACUUGUCCCACAAUGGGAGUCCCUCCGACUUGAAACGCUCGUGAGACUGAAAAACUUCACGCUUCAUCAGCUGUGCACUGCUGACCCGCCACAUCACGAAGACAUCAGCGCACAGUACGUCAAAAGCGCGUUUAGGAGUUACUUGGGUCACUAUUUAAGUCAUUUUUAUUAAUAUUAGCAGAUUGUUUGGUGGGGGAGGGGGGGGGGUCUGAUUGUCGACAACACUUGAAGUGAAAUCCUACUGUUGUCAGUGAGUGGGUCACUCAUCGCACACGUUUUUAAAACAUGAAUUUCAGGGGCAAAGUAUUCCAAAUCAAAUGAUAUUAAUCUGACGCUCAAAAUGAAUCGCGGUAAAGGUAGAUAUGUUUUAGCCCUGAAAUGUUGCUCUCAUUCACAUUGAAUAUGUGGAGGAUAUGUGUUAUACAUUCCUUUAUAUUAUCAAGCUGUAGUUUUUGCUAUUCUACUUUGUUGCUUUUGUGUGUGUGUGUGUGUGUGUGUGUGUUUUAAGCUCACCAAGCGCCUUAUGAAGGAAAUUAGCAGUAUACUGAGAAAAUGUUAUUUUCCCUCAUUCUGUCUUAUUUUAGACAGCCGAUCACUUUACCCGCCUCCUGAAGCUCGUAGCACUUUUUAAAAAAAACACCAAAUCAGAACAAUGACUGUAUUUAACAUAAUCAUUUUAUCUUCUUAGCGUCCGGUAAAUACAAAAUACCAGUGUUGUUUUAGCUUGCUUGUUAGAUCAUCUUUGGUUGAUUUUUUUUUUUUUAGCCUGUACUUUUGUAACUGAUUAAUUUGUUGUACUAAUGUUUAUUUAGGGGUUUGUUUGUCAAAGUCUGUGUGUAAGUGAAUUUAAAUCACCAGCAGAGGGAGAUGUUGCAGGACUGCAGUGAUUGUGAAACCAAACGGAACACAAACUCUGGUUACACUAAUUCCAGGACACAUGUUUAUGAUUAUAAUCACAGUGGGAUAAUUAUCAUAAUAAUAAUAACAACGCACAUGAUUAACGCACUAAUGUUCUGCUGUAACUUGUCUCACUUGGUUUCUGGGAAUCGAUGUAAUAUAUUUUUUUUUGGGUGUUUUCUUUGUUCAAGUGCCAAACUGUGGCUCAUGUGAAUGGUGUUGUUUUCAGAUCAAUAAGCUGCAGUUCAGUUCAAAUCCUCUCAAAUCUCCCUCACUGUGUUGUUUUCAGAUAAGUUUAGGCCUAAUCAACAAGUUUCUUUCUCAAUAUAACAUUCCUUACUCAAUCAAAAUUAAAUUCUUUUGCUAAUUAAAAUGAUUUUAUUCAAACCGAAUUAAUACAAAACCUGUGUUGACAAUCUCAAUAUUGAAGCAUUUUGAAGGCUUUUUAAAUAAUAUGUAUUUGUUUUUUUGUUUCAUUUCAUGUCGUAACUUGUGUCAGUGUAACACAGAACAGUUCGCUCCUCCCUGUUACACUUCCUUCCCCUCUGAACUGUACCAUUACUGGUGUGAUCUUGUGCCUGUUUGGUGUCACAAAGUUGCACAAAAUUAAAAAAAAGAAAGAGGAAAAAGUGCCUGUUGGGACCAUGAAGUGAUGCUGUACAGCUACAAGUGUCUGUUGUGUUUGAAAAAGGGCGACACACGUUACAGUAGUUUGUACUUUUAAUGUGCUCAUGAAUCAAACAUCUCUCCAUUAUUUAUCUGUCACAAUAUAAGGCAUUAUUGCUUUGUCAGGAGUGUGUCACACGACCUUAGUUUUUCUUAUGUACACACACACACAUUUAGCUGCAACAUGGCCAUGACACUGAAGGAGGAUAUUUAUGAGAUGAAGGCAGUGAAGUACACUGUCCGUUUUAUGUCUGUGAAUGAAGUGAAGGUUGUUUAUGUGCAUCAAAGUAUUUGUCGACGAUGUGAAAUGUGUUAUCCAUUUCAUAAGCAAUAUAAAGUCUGUGAGGAUAUUGCUGAUGCUCUCUUGUACAUUAAUGGUUCAAAUAUUGAUGACAAAUAAAAAGUUAUUUUCUAUUUA